AAAGGGACGUGACAAGAGAGGGAUAGCUGGACCUAUAAACCAAGUGAUGGGACAGCAGACAGCUCAGAGGAAGAAGAAAGGAAGAAGAGCAUGCCUCAGGAGACGCUGCUAGACUACAAAGACCUGCAGAAAGCCUCAUCUGAUAGUGAAGAAAUUAAGAUGUGGAUUCCUCAGCCAUCCUCAAGAUUUCUCUAUGGCCUGUAUACUUUCUGUGCCUUGCUCUUCUUCAUCAUAAUCAUUCUCAUCAUCUUGUUUAGAACCCCAGGGGAGAAGCCAGCUGACCGUAGCACUGAGUUCCAGAUUGGUAACCUAAGUGAGAGCCUAAACAUGAAGGUUGGUCAGCUGUCUCAGGACGGAACCAAGCUGAUGGAGAAAUUACAGCAGAUGGACACCACUUUGAAAACCAUCCAAGGAGACACCUCCAUAGGUCAGCUGCAGAGCGAUAUGCAGAGAGUGCUGGCUGCCAUCAGCAGAAUGUCCAAUCGGAUAAAGAGACUUGAUAAUAGCUCUGAAGAUAUUGUCUGUGCUACUGACUGGGUUAAGAAUGACCUCAGCUGUUACUUCUACUCCAGAGAGGGAAAUUCAUGGGACGCUGCCAAAAGAAUCUGUGAAGCUAAGAAAGCUCAUUUGGUCGUCAUCAACACCGAGGAAGAGCAGAAUUUCUUAUUUGGAAUAACAAAAGGGAAAUACACCUGGAUUGGGCUGACGGACGUGACCGGAGACUGGAAGUGGGUGGACGGAACCAAGUACGACUCUGGCCUAAAGAACUGGCUGCCAGGUCAGCCUGAUGAGUUUUUUGGCCAUGGACUUGGUGGAGGAGAAGACUGUGCUCAUCUCCUGAAGACUGGCGAAUGGAACGACGAUCACUGCUCACGACCCUAUGGGUACAUUUGUGAAGUGAACAUGUGAGAGGAAGAGAAGGUACAAGGCUUCGAUGACAUCUCUGUGGACUAUCAGCUAUGACAUCUGACAUGCCAGUCAGACACGAUGGAGAAAUAUAUAGAAAUGUAUGGAGCUUGGAGGUUUGGUAGGAGAUACAUGUAUGUCCUAUAGGAGGACUAUCCUGAAGGAUCAUGUAGAAGGUCCGUGUGGAUGACGCUUCAUGUGAGAAUAUACUAAAUCGAUAAACUAAUCCGCAAUGAUCGCUCCUGGCGUUUCCUGCAGCUUCACAAGGUAUCUUCCAAUGGUCACUUCUCAUGUCACCUGUGAAGUUCUUACAAGGCUCCUCAGGUGAAGAAGACCCUCGCGAUCCUCAUCUUAUAUUUUAAUGACUAGUGUAAUUAAAUAAAUUGUGAUAUUCUGAUCAA